CAUACAAUAUGUGCCUUUCCUGUCCAUCUUCGUCCACCCAGCAUGAUGGGGUUUUUUUGUUUUUUGUCUUUUUGAGAUGGAGUCUCACUCGGUCACCUGGGCUGGAGUGCAAUGGCAAGAUCUCUGCUCACUGCAACCUCUGCCUCCCGGGUUCAACUUCAAAUGUGUUCCGGAGUGGGGACCGGGCGGCUGAACCUCGCUGGUGGCAGAGAGGCUCCCCUGCAGCUUCAGGGCUCCACGUGGAUCCAAUGCGGCUGCUGGUGACCUGGGUGGUCCCCCUCCUCCCCCUCCUCCUCCUGCUGUCCAGGCAGGGCGGAGAGACUUCCACAGCCAGGAUCUGUCCCCAGGAGCCUCUCAGGGCUGCCUGCAGAACCAGCGAGUGCUGUUUUCAGGACCCGCCGUAUCCGGAUGCAGACUCAGGCUCAGCCUCCGGCCCCAGAAACCUGAGCUGCUAUCGGAUACCCAGUGCUGGAUACGAGUGCUCCUGGCAGUAUGAGGGUCCCACGGCUGGGGUCAGCCACUUCUUGAGGUGCUGCCUUAGCUCCGGGCGCUGUUGCUACUUCGCCGCAGGCUCAGCCACGCGGCUGCGGUUCUCCGACCAGGCCAGGGUGCCUGUGCUGUGCACUGUUACACUCUGGGUGGAAUCCCGGGCCAGGAACCAGACAGAGAAGUCUGCUAAUGUGACCCUGCAGCUCUACGACUCAGUUAGAUACGAGCCACCUCUGGGAGACAUCAAGGUGUCCAAGUCGGCCGGGCAGCUGCGUCUGGAGUGGGAGACCCCAGACAAACAGCUUCGUGCUGAGGUGCACUUCCGGCGCCGGACACACGGCAGCCCGUGGAAGCUGGGUGACUGCGGACCUCAGGAUGGUGAUACUGAGUCCUGCCUCUGCCCCCUGGAGAUGAAUGUGGCCCAGGAAUUCCAGCUCCGACGACGGUACCGGGAGAACCAGGGAAGUCUCUGGAGCAAGUGGAGCAGCCCUGUGUGCGUUCCCCCCGAAAACCCCCCACCACCUCAGGUGAGGUUCUUGGUGGAGCAGCUGGGCCGGGAUGGCAGGAGGCGGCUGACCCUCAAAGAGCCGCCAACCCAGCUGGAGCUUCCAGAAGGCUGUCGAGGGCCGGCGUCUGGCAUGGAGGUCACCUACCGAGUGCGCCUCCACAUGCUUUCCUGCCCAUGUAAGGCCAAGGCCACCAGGACCGUGCACCUGGGAAAAACGCUCAAUCUCUCCGGUUCUGCCUACAACGUGACUGUCAUCUCCUGGAACCGAUUUGGUCCUGGCCCGAACCAGACGUGGCACAUUCCUGCUGACACCCACACAGAACCAGUGGCUCUGAACAUCAGCAUUGGAACCAAUGGGACCACCAUGUACUGGCCAGCCCAGGCUCGCAGCAUGACCUACUGCAUUGAGUGGCAGCCUGUGGGCCAGGAUAGGAGCCUCGCCACCUGCAACCUGACUGCACCGCAAGACCCGGAUCUGGCUGGAAUGGCAACCUACAGCUGGAGUCGAGAGUUUGGGGCAAUGGAGCAGGAAAAGUGUUACUACAUUACCAUCUUGGCCUCUGCGCACCCAGAGAAGCUCACCUUGUGGUCUACGGUUCUGUCUGCCUACCACUUUGGAGGCAAUGCCUCAGCGGCUGGGACGCCACCCCACGUCUCGGUGAAGAAUCACAGCUCGGACUCGGUGUCUGUGGACUGGGCACCAUCUCUGCUGAGCACCUGUCCCGGCGUCCUGAAGGAGUAUGUCGUCCGCUGCCGAGAUGAAGACAGAAAGCAGGUGUCAGAGCCGCACGGCACCUGUGCCCACCCCUGCCCACACCCUGUGCCAGCUCUGCCAUUGAGUUUACUGGAGGGAAGGAGACUUGGCAGUGGAUCAACCCAGUGGACUUCCAGGAAGAGGCAUCCUUGCAGGAGGCCCUGGUGGUGGAGCUGUCCUGGGACAAAGGCGAGGGCACUGAACCUCCUGAGAAGACAGAGCAACCUGAGGGUGCCCCUGAGCUGGCCCUGGAUGCAGAGCUAUCCUUGGAGGAUGGCGGCAGGUGUAAGGCCAAGGUCCUGGGGCUCAGUGAGCCGGAUGGUCAGGGGUGCAACCCUGCCCAGGUGGGGGCUAGACACCCAUCGCUCCUGGGAGAUCCAGGCCUGGAGGCCUGAGGGAGAAACGGGAAUGUCCCCUUGGUCUUACAGACAGGAAGAGCGACUAUCUCAAUCACGACGACUGGUUAUUAAGCGCUCAUGGCAUACCCAGCCCAUUCCAUCCACUCGUGAUUCCCACCAAAUCCCCAGUCAACUCUUGCAAGGAACCAUGGUGGUUCUAUUUCACAGAUGUGAUCCCCGAGGCUCCAAGAGGGUGAGUGACUCACCUGAGGCUACACAGCACCCACAGGAGUUCUGUUUGGACUCAGAUAACCGGGAGCUCCUCCAGGCUCCAGUGCACCUGCCUCCUGUCUGUACCGCACCUGUCGUCAGGCAUCCAGCGGGGGCAGCCCUACAAGCUGCCAUGAAAUGAAGCGGCUGCACCCUGCUGGAUCUGGCGUCCGUGGGGCAGGAGCGGGCCCUGCCAUGGACCUGCUCUGGAGCAGAAUAGACUGGGAAUGGGGGCAAAGCGGGCCGAGAUGAAUCCCGGGAGCACUGGAUGGGGAGUCUGGAUUCAAGGGCUCCCUGCAGCAUUGUGGGUCUUGGAGCUUGGAGGAUCCAGGGAUAUGGGAGAAGGGGCUGUAACACUGUGGGGAAGAUGAUGAUCCUCCCACCCCAACCCACCCCCUAUAAAAUGGGGGUGAUGAUAAUGAGCUUACAGAGCUGUUCAGAAUCACCCUAAAUGAGCCUCCUCUUGGGAGUUAUUUCCCAAUUGAAGCUUGAAUGUCCUGCUCAAAAUCUCCAAAUAGGAGCCUGGGAAUUCAUUCAUUCAUUCCACAUUUAUUAAUCUCUUCUUUCUGGGCCUCCCCCAGGAGCACCUAAUCUUGGGGAGACAAAGCCAGAUGAGAUCUCGGAACCCUGCUGAGUUAGGACUGAGCAGGGGAAGAGAGGGCCUGGGGAGUGGAGCAGCCUGGCCCUCCCAAAUAGGAGCUCUUUCCUCCUCCCACCCAGCAAGUCACAGGGGCAGGACCUUUGCCCCACUUACACACCCCGAGUCCUCCCCCGUCCUGCUCACACCACCCCACCUCGCCCGCAUCCUGCAGCCGCCGCCACCUGAUCUCCACUGUGGUCUGAGCCGGAAUGUUGGGGGGGCUCCUGAAACCCCACCCCGGCCCCCGCGAUUAGCAGGUGGUCGCAGAUUCCCCUCACGGCCAGCAGGUGGCAGCAGCGGCUCGCGUCUCCCCUGCCCGGCCCGCCCCGCCGCCUCCUACCGCGUUUGCUAAACAGACUUUUCCGGUUUCAGACAGAGGAGCGGAAUCAAGGGCCAGAACGACUGAAUUUCCUGGCAAAAAAGGAUGAGGCCUCUUGGGGAGAAACCCCAGGCAGCCAAUAGGGCCAGGAGGCCAGAGGCCCAGGCCCCGCCCCUUUGGUGGUGGGGAGCUUUGGUUUCCCAGUCGAUGCAUCUAGAUGGGGAAACAGAGGCCUGGGCCCCGGUGCCCCAGCCACACGGUGGCAGCUCAGAGUGCUGCAAAAGCCACCUCCCCUCUCCGGAUCUGCCGCCUCCCAGCUUCUGCUUAAGCCGUUCCCUCCAGCAGGCAUGCCCGUCCCUUGAGCGCUUAUCCUCCCUAUUUAAUUACAUUUAUUUAUUUAUUUACUGAGAUGAAGUCUCGCUCUUGUUGCCCAGGCUGGAGUGUAAUGGCGCGAUCUCGGCUAUGCAACCAUUAGUCCACCUCCUGGGAUCCAGUGAUCCCCCAGCCUCAGCCUCAAGCUCAAGCCACCAUGCCCAGCUAAUUUUUUUUGUAUUUUUAGUAGAGUCGGGAUUUCACCAUGUUGAUCGGGAUGGUCUCCAUCUCUUGACCUCAUGAUCCGCCCGCCUCGGCCUCCCAAAGUGCUGGGAUUACAGGAGUGAGCCACUGUGCCCCGCUUCAGUUUCCUGAUUUGAUGAAGCCACUUGGAGUCAAAUGCCCCUAGAAAAUGACCAACAGGAGGUUCUCUGGUCCUCUGCUUGCCCGUCUAUAAAACUGGAAGGGAUUUGGAGUCCUUAUCUCAAUGGGCUCAGCAAGUUUGCUUAGCAGAGCCCUGGCCUGAUACUUACUGAGCAACUACUAUGCAACCAUUACUCCAGGGCUCCUAGAGCAGCCAUGACUCAGCUUCUCGCAGCCGCUCCAGGGGUCAGGGCUGUGUUAACCCCCAUUUCACAGCUCAGUUUCAUUCAUUCAUUUAAGAAGUCAGUGUCGGGUGUGGUGGCUCACACCUAUAAUCCCAGCACUUUGGGAGGCCGAGGCGGGUGGAUCAUGAGGUCAAGAGAUCGAGACCAUCCUGGUCAACAUGGUGAAACCCCGUCUCUACUAAAAAUACAAAAAUUAGCUGGGCACGGUGGCGCGUGCCUGUAAUCCCAGCUACUCAGGAGGCUGAGGCAGGAGAACUGCCUGAACCCAGGAGGCGGAGGUUGCGGUGAGCCGAGAUCACGCCAUUGCACUCCAGCCUGGGUAACAAGAGCGAAACUCGAUCUCGAAAGAAAAAAAAAUACAAAUUUAUCAAGGCACAGUGGCACACGCCUAUAGUCCCAGUUACUCAGGAGGCUGAGUCAGAAGAAUCGCUCGAACCCAGGAGGCGGAGGUUGCUGUGAGCCAAGAUUGUGCCACUGCACUCCAGCCUGGGUGACAGAGCGAGACUUUGUCUCAAAAAAAAAAAAAAAAAAAUUAAAAAAAUAUUUUAAAGUAGAGGCAGAGUCUGGCUGUUGUGCAAGCUGGUCUUGAACUCCUGAGCUCAAGCGAUCCUCCUGUCUCAGCCUCUCAAAGUGCUGAGAUUACCGGCAAGAGCCACUGAGCCUAGUUUUAUUCUUUUUUUUUUUUUUUUUUGAUGUGACCUCACUCUUUCUCCCAGGAGGCUGGAGUGCAGUGGCAUGAUCUUGGCUCACCACAACCUUCGCCUCCUGGGUUGAAGUGAUUCUUCUGCCUCAGCCUCCCGAGCAGCUGGGACUGCAGGCACCUGCCAGCACGCACUGCUGAUUUUUGUAUUUUUGCUAGGGAUGAGGUUUCACCAUGUUGGCCAGGCUGGUCUUGAACUCCUGACCUCAGGUGAUCCGCCCACCUCGGCCUCUCAAAGUGCUGGGAUGACAGGCGUGAGCCGCUGCACCCGGCCAUUCCUCCUUUUUAAAGAUACAUUCACACACCAUACAAGUCACCCUCUUAAGGUGUACAGUUGAGACUGGGUGUGGUGACUCAUGCUUGAAAUCUCACCGUUUCCAGAGGCCGAGGCAGGAGGACCGCUUGAGCCCAGGAGGUUGAGGCUGCAGUGAACUGUGAUUGCACCAUUGCACUCCAGCCUGGGUGACAGAGAGAGACCCUGUCUCAAAAAAAGAAAAAAAAAAUACAAUUUAGUGGUUUUGUAAAAUCACAAGGUUGUGAAACCAUCACUCAUACCUAAUUCUAGAACAGUGUCCUCUCCACAACAAGAAAACCUCAUUCCAUCAGCAGUCCCUCCCCACCUCCCUCCCCCAGCCUCUGGCAGCGACUCAUCUGCUCCCUGGCUCUGUGAAUUCCCCUGUUCUGGGCAUUUCCUAUCAAUGGAAUCAUACAAUA